GUGUGCUUUUCUUCAGUCACACGCACGCGCAUUCCCACUGGGCACUUUUGUAUUGUUAUUAUUAUUGUUACCAAGGCGUUCCCAUAAUUACAACAUAAUCAUUAUAUAAUCCCACAACAAAGACUUUAUUGAAUCCGUAGCUUUUGUCAACUGCCGGGACACUGAACAAUUGCGUUAUUCUGCGUCUCUUUCCUCGCGUAAAAGCAACACCGGCCUGGGCGCUGAAGUUCAGCCCCCAAAAAAGUUUCAUGUCCUCACCGAAGCACCUUUUCAGAGGACCUUCUCCCACGUCUCUGAGCGCGUCUCGACCGCUGUCUGGACCCUUUUCCUCUUUCUGUGAUGGAGAGGGAGGUUGUUGGUUAGGCUACGCGCCCCGCUGAGAGGCAAUUUCAUCUCAUAUUUACAAACUGAUAAAGUGCAUUUGUUUUAAAAAUGCGCUCAUGUGUUAGCAUAUAAGAGUGCGCAAAAAGCGCUUUCCGUCUUGCCCGGUUUCUGUUUGUGUGCACGUAUGUGCAUGUGUGUGUGUGUGUGUGUGUGUGAUUGUGUGCAACAUAACCGGCUUAUUUACAUUAAAUACGCCACAAGGUUACAGUGCAGAUGAGCGUCAUUUUAUCACUCAUUACUUCUCUCUUAUACUGACUGAUGCUCGCGCUCUCCUCUCGCCUCACUGGACUUUUUCCCGAGGAUACAAGACUUCAGAUACUUCCCCCAAAAGCUGACAGUGUGUCCCGGCCCACGGUAUCUCACAGAGUAAAGGCUCAUCGCUUGUUGCCGUACAGACUCAGUGGCGGGGUGAGUCACGGACUCUUCAACCUGACGGGCCCCGGACCAGUAUGCAGUUAGAGUGAUCAGUAUGGAGGACUCUAGUUUGUGCCUUGGUGUAUCCUCGGUGGUCCCGGAUGUUGACACCCAUCUCAGCAAUGCAGUACUUAAUGGCCGCUACCCAAUCAGUCAGAAACUUCAUCAGCUGACUGCUCAGCUGGGUCAUGCCUUUCCUGAACUACAGAGUCGCCAACAGAUCCCAGAGGAAAAGGCAGCCACCCCGCUGGAUGAGAAAACCCAUGCUGCCUUAGCUAGUCAGCCAAUCAGUAGUCAGAUGGCCUUACUGGCCAACCAGCUUAACCGUGACAUGGAUGUAGGUGCCCUGAGUGGUCUCAAUGGCCGUGUUGAUUUGCAACAAUUUCUCAAUGGACAGAACUUGGGUAUCAUGUCCCAAAUGAAUGAAAUAGAAGAUGAUGCCCGUAAGAACCGCAAAUACCCCUGUCCACUAUGUGGUAAGCGCUUCCGCUUUAACAGCAUUCUGUCUCUUCAUAUGCGUACACACACUGGAGAAAAGCCCUUCAAAUGCCCCUAUUGUGACCAUAGAGCUGCUCAAAAGGGUAACUUGAAGAUCCACCUCCGCACCCAUAAGCUGGGAAAUCUUGGUAAGGGCCGUGGUCGUGUACGUGAGGAAAACAGACUGCUUCAUGAACUUGAAGAGAGGGCCAUUCUACGUGAUAAGCAAAUGAGGAGCAGCUUGCUGCAACCCUCUCAACCUCUCAACCUUCCAACCAAUUUGGGUAUUCAGAGUCACAACCAGCAACAGCCUGGCUCUGCCUGUGGCCUGCUCACUCCAACUAGUAUCAGUGGCUCACCUGAUGGACUGAGCCAGCCGUCUGCCUCACCUAAGCCUGCAGGUGCCAACCUGCAAGAUGAGCAAGCCCUCAAUCCAGCCCAAGGAUUUCGGUGCACUUUUUGCAAGGGUAAAUUUAAGAAGCGCGAGGAGCUAGAUCGCCACAUUCGCAUUCUCCACAAGCCCUACAAGUGUACCCUGUGUGAAUUUGCUGCUUCCCAAGAGGAGGACCUCAUUUCCCAUGUGGAGAAAACCCACAUCACAGCUGAAUCAGCCCAGGGACAAGGCACAGGAGCUGGCAAUGGAGAGAAGCCAAACAAUGAAUUUCGAUGUGAGGUUUGUGGCCAGGUCUUCAGUCAAGCUUGGUUUCUGAAAGGCCACAUGCGGAAACACAAAGACUCCUUUGAGCAUUGCUGCCAGAUCUGUGGGCGCCGUUUCAAGGAGCCCUGGUUCCUUAAGAAUCACAUGAAGGUACAUCUAAACAAGCUGGCCAUCAAGAGCAAGCCCCCUAUAGGUGGAGGAGCUGAUGAAGAUAGACCCUCUGUGAACAGCAUGAGUAGCUUGGCACAAGAAGCCCAAGCCAAUCUGUAUUCACGUUACAUUUCUUGUCUACAAAGUGGUUUCCUCACACCUGACAAGCAAGGCCUGGCUGAACAGCAGCACCAGAUGCUGGCAAAGGCAGGCAUAGCUAUGAAGGAGAAGGAGAUGCUUGGAAAGCUCCUAAACCCAAUGGCCAACAUGAGCCACGGCUUAGGGGAAAAUGAAAAGCGCUCACUCUUGAGUUGCCUGAACCUGGUACCCCCUCUGAAGUCAAGCUGUAUGGAGCGCUUGCAAGCUGCAGCAAAGGUAGCGGAGAUGGACUCCCUGAACAGCUAUCAAGCCUGGCAAAUUAUGGCUCGUGGAAUGGCUAUGGAACGCUCCUUCAUGCCAAAAGAGCAGCACCAUGGGGGGCAUGGACAAGAAGAUGAACUUACCAGUGCAGCUGGGAUUGUUCACUUUGGGAAAGACAAGCUUGAGCACCCAACCUUAGGCUCUAGUGAUGGUUCCAAGCAGAAGCAACACCCUGAUGUCCUUCAUGGAGUGAAGACAAGUGGAGGCAUGAUGCCUUUGAAAGAUGAGGGUGUAAGCUUUGAUAGCCACCGUGAGUUCUUGCCUCACCAUGGGGCUCUGAGCCUGGGCCAAGGGCUUGAGUACAGCCUGGCUGGCUUGAAAGAGAAAGCAACUGAGUGUCCCGACUGUGGUAGAGUUUUUAGAACCUACCACCAGAUGGUGGUCCACUCCCGGGUACACAGCAAGGACCGUCGAACCCUAGAGGACAGCUCCCAGCAUGGUCUGGACGAAAGGCGUGGCUCAGCUAGUGACCCUGAAUCUCAAUCCAUCAGCCGAUCCACCACCCCAGGCUCCUCCAAUGUGACAGAGGAAAGUGGUGCUGGAGGUGGGCACUCCCAAACGGGCAGUGUGCAGGAUGACAGUCCCCACCCUUCUUCUCCUUCUUCAGAUGUCGGGGAAGAGAUGGCGAAACCUGUGAGUGCUGUCCAGCCCCCCACGACUCAGCACCGGGAACGGAGUGUGGGUUCAAGCAUGAAGGACUGCCCCUACUGUGGCAAAUCGUUCCGCACCUCCCACCAUCUGAAGGUUCAUCUAAGAAUACAUACAGGUGAAAAGCCCUACAGGUGCCCUCAUUGUGACUAUGCAGGCACUCAAUCAGCUUCUCUGAAGUACCACCUGGAGCGCCAUCACCGUGAGCGACAGAAUGGUAGUGGCCCCUCAGCCAACCACCCUUCAUCUUCUGACCACAAGGAUGACCACACCAAGAACAGUAGUAGCAGUGGGGUCUUUGCUCGACCCGAUGUCCUUCGCGGUGUCUUCAAAGGGGUGAUGCCUUCUGGUCUUGACUUCAGAGGAGGUCAAAUGCUCCCACAACAGUGGAUACCACCCGGAAUGCUCUCACCCAGAGACAGAGACCGUGAAAAGGAACGGGAUCGCCAGGGACCAGGGUCAGAGGCCACCACAGAGAGCAUGAAGAGUCCUGAAGGGCCAGCCUCUGCAGCGGACAGUCCUGCCAGCUUCUCCGACCUCGGCCGAGCCUACCAGAGUAUGGCGGGAAAUGGAGUCAACUUCCAGGGCUCCCUGCAGGCUUUCAUGGACAACCUUGUCCUCAGCUCCAUGAAGAAAGAGAAAGAGAUGAGAGAGAGACAGCUGCAUAGUCAGCACUUUAACCAGGAGAGUGCGGAUGCCAAUACCAAAAGAGCCAGUGAGGCCAACCAAGAAGAGAAUCCCACCAGUGACGUCAAGGCAGCUGUGGGUGGCCGCUCCCAGUAUGAGCCUCUGGAUUUGUCUGUUAGACCUGAAGCAGGGUCCCUCCCUGGAGCUUCCAUCACCAUCCAGGACAAUGUUGCCUGGCAUGGCUGCCUCUUCUGCUCUUUCACAACUCCCUCUGUGGAGCUGAUGGCCCUCCACCUGCAAGCAAACCACCUGGGUAAAGGCAAGUGUGGAAAAGAUACUAAGGAGCACCUCCUGGGAGAGCCUUCCCAUGCAGGAAAAGCUACUGGCUUGGCUCCUCCACCACCAAGCCUUCUUCACCACCAUGAGGGAGCCCCGUCCAGGGACAGAGAGACUGAGUCGGGGGAUCUGAAGGGACAAGCAGGCUGGUCCAACCAUCUGGAGCAGCCCUCACAUGGAGUCUCCAUGGGCACAUUCUCCAGUGACUUCUACAAGCCCUUUGGUCCUUUGUAUGAUGGCUCUUCUAGAGGGUCUGUUGGAUACCUAGACCAGCAGCAAAUUCAGCCCAAUGAUAUGUGUGGUCAGGGCCCUCUGGAUGACCUAUCCGACAAGGCGUCCUGCAGUGAAAUAGAGGCAUCUGAAGAACAUGGCGGCCAGUCUGAGGAAGAUGAAAUAAGUUGUGACAAAUCAUUGCCGAACCCCACUGCUACAGAGAGGCAUAUGCAUUCAGAUGAUGAAGAUGAGGCAGAGGAAGAAGAAGAGAUGGAGAUGGGUGAUGCUGAGGAGGAGGACCAUGGAUCCAUGCAAAUGCUUUCUGAAUCUCCAUUGUCAGGGAAGGACAUCCAAAGAUGCAAGCUGACUAUAGGCCCCCAAAGCUCUGGCCUUUCUCCUCCUCAGCCUCCUACCCCUGAGAAGCAAUGGCACCAGCAGCAGACAGGCCUUGGUCUUCUGACCCCAAGCGGUGGUCCUGAUCAUGCCCACCUGGAGCAUCAGAUGAACAUGUUAUCUGUCCUACGGGCCUACAGUUCAGAGAACCUCGCAGCCUUCAAUGGAGGCAUUGGCGGCAGCCCCAAUGGAGGAGGCAGUAGCACCAGCAGCAUGAAAAGAAAUGACCCCUCUGGUCAGAGGCCAUUCCAGUGCAGCUAUUGCCCAUACAGUGCCUCUCAGAAAGGUAACCUGAAGACCCACGUGCUGUGUGUUCACCGCAUGCCCUUUGACAACAGCCAGUAUCCAGAUCGGCGGUUCAAACGCUCCCGCAUAGACUCGGAUGUCUCCGGGAACUCAGAGGAUGGGAAUCUUCCCUCGUCUGGCCAGGUGAACACAGGAGAAGCUCUUUCUGGGGAUACUUCCUGCUCUCUUGAGUGAAGCGGCAUAAAACUCAAUCCAGGGAUUCUGUGGGAUUUCAGGGGUUUGAAGUGAUAAUGAUACCACCUCCUACAAUCAUUCCCAUUACAUCAUUGUAAAAAGAAAAAAAAGAAAAGAAAUCCACCCCCAAAAAAUAAAAUAAAAAAUUGAUUGAGUUGGGGGUCAUAAACUCCCAAAUCAAAACACUUCAGCCUCAGCGCUAUUCUGUGAAGCUCAGGAUAGAGAUGAUGAAGUAGAGAAACCUGAACCCUAUUUCUGAUGAGUCUGAAACUAAAUACAUUGCUCUUAUUUGAGUUGCCUGAAUUGAGCAUUGAAGAGACAUUACUGAAGAGGGGAAAAAAUGACAAGGUUAAAAAAAAAGACUGUCAUUAAAUUCUUCAGAGUAUCUUUUGUCCCAAAAAUAAUGCUUUUAUGAGAAAAAUGAUCCGUGCCAAUGAUUUUGCUACAGUUGCAAGGAGAAGAAAGAUGGAGGGGAGCUGUUGAGCACCCCCUUUAAGAACAUGACACCUCCAGUGGCCAUUUGCCCAGCGCCAUUGAAGCACAGGGAUGGAGCGAGCGGACGGAGGGAUGUGGAUGGUGAAAUGGGGGGGUUGGGCAUUUGGUGCCAGCCUGACUGGAGCUGUCAUCACAGUGAAAAUCAAUUCAACUCCAUCCCGAACUACGUCUAUAGCCGUGGGAAUAUAUAACCACCAUUCCCUCCAAAUUUCCCCUCUCCUCACCCUUUCAGAAAACGUCAAGAGAAACCUUAGCCUCUACAACCUGGCGGCAGGAGGGUCAGCUUCAGACCUUUCUGACGACUGGUAGCACUUCAGUCUCUUUCAUUCCCCUCCUCCCUCCUUUCUUGUCUUUCUCCCAUUGGAUAUCCCCCUCCAUUCUUUUUCAUUGUUGUGUAGUUAAAGUGACACAACAGAAUGGCGGAGUCACAUUAAAUGUGCUUUAUUUCCAUUCAACGCUUCUUAACGGAAAAGUAAUUGUGUUGUUCUUGAACAAGUGCUGCUUCUCUUCGAACUGAUGGACAUUGGGCAAACAUUGAUUGUGUGUUACCAAGAGUCUGAAUGUUAUUUGUUAAACGUAACUUGGAAAUGAUAUGAAGGAACCAUAGCUCUUUUGUGGUGUUUAUUAAACCACAAUGGGACUACCUUCUUUAUGGACCUCCCGAAAAAGUAGCACUAUGAAGGGCCUGUAGAUAUGAAGUAAAUAGAUAAUCACUUCUCCACUACCUGUCUGUAAUGUAAACUUGAUCUUUUAUUUUAUUUUAUUUUUUAUGUUUGAAUAUGCAUCACCAUGGCCCGAGUUUUUUUUUUUUUUUUUUGUUAUUUGUUGUCCUGAAUCUUCCUCUACUAAAAGAGAUUAACAACGCAGGCAGUUUGGAGCCAAUGAAAUCAAGCCUCUUAAAGAACAAAAUAAAGUGCAUCAACUUCCAUUGAAGGCUAGCAGAGGUUAGAAGGUAAAUAAGUAUGGUAGAGGGUUUAGAGAUGCAUGGGUGGGGGGGUUGGUGGAUAUUAAUGUUUUGUGAUAAACAGAAAUGAUCCAGACUUUAAGAAAGUCAAUAUCUUUCCGCUCAGCACAGGGAAGCUCAGCACUUAAACCCCAGGGCCUUACGGCUGCUCUAUUCACACCAAGAGGAGUUUAGAGGACUCACAAAUACCCACCACACUCCUCACUAAGCAGUAAAUAAAAACAUAAACCCUUAUCACAGCCCUAAGACCACAACAUAUCAACAGAAAAAGAAUGAAAGAUAGAAAGAGGUUGAAAAAAACAUGAUAGAAGUGGUCUAAGAGUGGUGCACACAGAUGCACAAAGUUCAAACUAACUUUACGGUUCCAAGUAAGGAUUCUUUAAUUCACCAUAACCAAAUAAAGUUAUUAUUCAUUUUAUUUAAUUUUUUCCCCGUUCUUUGUUGUUUUCUUCUUUUUAUUUUUAUUAGGAUAUUUCUCACCGCCUUAAAUCAAGUUGAUAAAUUUAAUACUACUAUUUAAAUAAGCUCUAUAAGGCUAUAAGCGUUUGGAAAUUAAAGACAUGCUUUGUGACUUCAUUGAGCUUUAGAGGUUUCAACGCACUGCUGUGUUUUCUGGUGACUGUCAGUUGCUUGCUCUUGUUGUAUGUAUGUACGUAUGCACACUCCGAGUAUAUUAUAUUAAAUAAACGUAAAAAAAAA